CAUUAUUCAAAUUACUGAUCUUGAGAAGAACUUAAAAAUCGAGUCUUGUCUUAGUAAUUAUAGAAUUAUAUGUUUAACAGUGAGAUUGACAGUUCAUUUUUAUCACAUCGUAUCCUGUCAAUUGUUCUCUAGUUGUAAUAGACUAAGUAUCUUAUAAUCACUAAUGUGUUGGUCAUUUAAAAAAUAAAAGAAUAAAAAAUCAAAGGACGACCAUUUGAUAUGACGCGCCCCUGUGCGAGUUUGGGAGUUGUGAUAGCAUCCAUACAAUAAUAGAAACUGACGAAGUAUGCCCUUCCAAAGAUCUGCUCCCACUUCAGAGAUAUAGUACAGACUUCAAACAGCUCACAUCUUUAUAUUACUCUACUUACUCUUCUGUACUUUCCUUCUGUCUUCUGUCUCCUAAAGCCAGAUCCUCCACAAACCACCACCAUUCCAGUUAUGUUUCAUUCCUCUCUUCCUCCCGCUCAUCAGCAGCAGCCGCCUCCGCCGCCGUCUCCUCUCUGACGCCGCCCAACACUAGCCCUGUUUUUUUAAUCUCCGACCAACUAUGGCAAGCCACGAAUCAGAGACAUUCCAUUGGCACUACGCGGAAUUCGACGACAACGCGUUCCAAAUCCGGGGCCGGACGCUCUUCUUCGCGGUGGUUCUCUUCGGCGUGAUUCUAUUCAUUACCAUUAUCUACUUGUACGCGAGAUGGGUGUGCCAAAUGCGGCCUCCGUCUCUCCCACGUAUAUCUCACGCGCCGUCGUCCGCGCAGCCUCCGCCCCGGGGUCUGGAUCCCAAUGCGAUUAGCAAUCUGCCCAUCAUUCUGCACCGGGCAAGUGAAGAAGCAGUAGAAUGCUCGAUAUGUUUGGGGAUAUUUCAAGAUGGGGAGAAGGUCAAAGUGUUGCCAGAUUGCCAGCAUCGUUAUCAUUCCGAGUGCGUGGAUGUGUGGCUCACAACUCAGUCCAGCUGUCCGCUUUGUCGAGCUUCUCUCCGGGAUGAUGAUUCCCUUUCCCCUGUUUGAGUUCAUUUUCGUUUUUCUAUUAGUGUUGCAAGUGAAACAAUUUCGUUUCUUCUUUUUUUUUUUGCUGAAAAUUAUUCAUAUAAGCAGAAGGAAAGAUGUUUGUACAGUAAAAAAAAAAAACUUUAAAAGGAGAGUUAUAAUGAUGAUUUUAAUUUAAUAGUAAUUUUUUAAAUCGCUUUUUCUUGCUGUAUUUUGACCGCCAUUUAGAAAUAAGAGUGGGAUUAGUGGGAUACUGACUCAAAAAAGAAGGAUCCGGCAACGUGUUUCCUGGAAAUUUGUUGUCAUUUUAGAGUUUCAGUCCUGUACAUGGUUUAUGGUUUAUG